UUCCCAGUAGGCGGUGCUCUACCAGCGUUUGGGGAAGGUUAUGGUGCUAUGAUUGGCUGGUUGUCCUGUAGGCUGUGCUCUCCCAGGGUUAGUCGUCUUUGGCCCGGGCUUUUUGAAACGUCACCGGGCAUGUAUAGAGUAGACAGGAGCGGCUGGACACUCGCCGAGUUAGCGGGAUAUGGAUGAUCAGCUGGCCGAGUUAGAUGAAGGAAGUCCCGGGCCGUCAUGCUCCUCCAGCCCGGUGGCAGAUCAGGCCUCGUCCUCCUGGCUCCAGCGUACCCGGCUCAGUGUACAGAGGAGGCCGAGCCUGAGGCUGGUGAUCCGGGAGCCGCAGCCGGUGUGUGUUCUAGCAGUACAGCGCUAUGUAGGUGAGAUCGGCCGAUGCCGCUACCACUACGAUCUGACGGUGUAUGAUGGGAUCGUACAGGACACCUGGCUGCUCUCCCCGGACCUUGCACAUCUCGUACACGGCAAUCGGCUCCGCUCCGGGUCCCGGGCCACCAUCAGCCUGUGCUCGUACCGCUAUGUGGAGAAGAGGCCGGGCUCUGGCCUGGUGUGUAUAGAGGAGAUGGAGAUCGGGGGGGACAUGGAGAUCGGGCUGUCUGUGUGUGGGGAGAUCGCACCCCUGUGUGGGGGAAGGAAGCACUAUCUGCCCCUCUGGAACAAUGAGGAUCCCUAUGGGGACAUAUGGGACCGAGACAAGGACGGGGGACACCGGGGACCUGUGGACGUGUCCAAAGUAUGUUCACUACAGAGAUUGGAGCCGAGAUGGAGGUCAAAAAUGCCACUUCCUCCUCUGCUUGUACGUAUCAUGCAUAAAUCCAGACUUCGAUAUUUUGGGAAAGCUGACAAGAAGAUUGAAUAUCCUUACCAGGCCUAUUUUGAAGUUGCUGAUCACUCUGGUAUGAUGUCCAUGGUGAUGUGGAACUAUUUGUGCCUAGAAUGGUACAACACACUUCAGACUGGCAAUGUCGUCUUACUCCAGCAGUAUGCUUUGAAGAAUAGCUAUCCAAACAGGACACUCCCAACAACUGGGAAUACGCAGGUGAAGAGGCUACCUAAUCUUGAAAUAAGCUUGAAUGCCAAAGACCCCAUGUCUAAGAUUUCUGUUCUUCGGAAAGAGGAUGUAAAGACUGAAUGGAGACUGCCGGCAAUAAAAUAUCAAUUUGUCACAAGAACCGAGCUGAAUAAUUUACCUCAUAACCAAGUCUGUGAUGUGAUUGGUCUUGUGACAUAUGUGGGAAGAUGUGAACGAAAACGGAUCCGAGAUGAAGGUGAAGAUUUUUGGUUGUAUCGUUGGGUUCAUGUGAUUGAUGGAACCUCUGACCAGCCACUUCUACUUGAAAUUUUUGCAACCUCACAACCAAACAUAUUUGAGAAAAUUCAUCCCAUGACAUAUCUUGUGUGCACACAGAUGCGCGUGGUGCAUGAAUAUCCGGAGGAUACAAUUUACCACGCUUACCUUACAACCUCCAAUGAAAGUCAGGUGUUUAUAUCUAAUUAUCAUAAAGGACAGCCCUAUACAAGUGAUGAAAAAGUAAAAGAUUUCAUUAAAUGGAUGAAAACUCAGCAUGAAGCUGAUGUCAAAAGAAAAAUCACCAUUGGGGGAUAUCAUCCAUACCCACAAACGCCAGCAACAUUUGCCAAGUACUGUAGUGAUAAUAAAGUAGAAAUAAUGUUAUCCACAAUAGAUGAACUUAAGGCACAUAUUGACCGACUUCAUUACAGAGAACACAGGCGUGUUGCUAUUCAGGGUAUAAUUGCUGCUUGCAGAUUUGUUGAAAAUGAGGAACCGGAAACCUCGGCACAAUCGGAGGAAGUGCUGGCUUCCUUUGUGUCUGUGGCAUAUCAUGGAAACCCUGAACUGGACUUGGUGGAACAAUCCCCCAGCAGUGGACAGAACACGCACCAGACAGUAUUGGCCACUUCCCAUAGUAAUGUGGAAGAGGUUGUCCCUCACUGUGAAACCAAUAAUGUGAUCGUAGUAAAGAGAAGGAAGAAACAUGCAGUAGAAGAUAUCUCUGUAAUUGCAUCAAAAAGUAGUCAUAUUGUACAACACUCCACCCAUGAUGUGGAUACCAGCAUACAGGAAUCCUUGUUUUCUGAAGUAGACAAAGAAACCCAAAGCAAUGUUGUGGAGAGUGAAAAGAGUGACAGAACAUGGUCUCCUGGAAGAUCCUGGCAAAGUGCUCUCUGGUCCGAGGUCAAACACAGCCUUACAGAUCGCUUACAUUAUAGCACAGUAUUUCCGGAAAGCCUACCUCGAAUGUUUGACUACAACCACAGGGAGUUCCUCAUGCAGCAGUACAAUCUCCAUCCAGCUAAACUUGUGAAGCCGUUGUGUACCUCAAAUCUGAAAAUUCAAGAUUUCCCAAGUGCCAGUGGGCCUGGCCAUUAUGAAGUCACCAUACUGGGUAUAAAUCAUGAUCUAGCAAUAGACGUGUCUGUGCCUGUAUAUAAGAACUUCAGUCUGUUUGGCCCAAAUUGCCUUCCCAACAAUAUGCAGUGCCUUAAUCUAGAUUGGAAUGUCGAAACCCAGGAUCAUCACUGGCUGUCUCUUAAAGAUGAACUUGUGAAGUAUUCCAGUGCACAGGAUAGGCUGCAUACCAUAUGUAUCCUGGACAUUUGCCACCUGGGAGAAGGAAAAGUGGAGAUUUUCCUAAACCGAAUUUACUAUCCUGUCAGAGGGGAGUUGGCAUAACUGUAACAUUUUUGCUACCAAGUUAUUGUAAUAAACUUUGGUUUCUUGUAUUGUUUUUUUUUUUAAACAUGAAGAAAUGUGUGUGUGUGUGUGUGUGUGUAUAUAUAUUUUAUUUUUUUCAAACCUUUCUGUUUUUUAAUCAUGAGCCAUUGGCAUUAAAGACAUCAAUGUUCGAGCAUUAAGCAUCGGCUAAAUUUUCAUGUAGUUUUAAUUAUUGGUACUGCUUAUACUAUUGUAUUUUAUUUUUUCUUUCUUAGGAUGAUUUUUUUUUUAUCGUAUUCAUUUCAAUGGUAAAGUAUGGUGUCUUUUCAAUGAGCAUAUACUUGAAUUAUUAGUGCAGUGUUUACCCUGAAGUAAUUAUUUAAUUAGAAUUUUACAUGAUUGCAACUUCCAUACUUUGUUACUGUACUAUAGAGGUAAUAGAGAGUUGUAGAUUAUCCACCAGAGGGGGAGCUCUAUAUUUGACUUGGAUCUUGCUGUCCAACCCCCUGUUUACCAGCUGCUGAGAGGACGUAGGAUGCAUUUUCAAUGGGUUGAACUACUCUGAGACUUGCACCUUGAGCAGGUGCUCUGUAGAAAAACCACUGUGCAGCAAUGCAAAAUGGUAAGCAUAGUAUGUAAUGAGCAAGUAUGAUUGCCUUGUGUACAAAUAAUUAAUAGCUAUGUUUAGGGAACAGGUGUUUUAAAAAUCUUAACACCAUUUGAUGAUUACAUCCAAGGUGUUCAUAUUUAUAUAGUUUACAUAUUCAAAAAAUACAUUGAAAGGACUAUGCAUUCCCAUUUUAAUAGUUAUUUUUAGCAUUUAAAAAUUAUUUAUUGAAAUAACUUUUGUGUAAAGUUGGUUUUUCAGUGAUGGCACAUUCUCUUUUCUCUGAUGACCAAAGUUGAAAUCAAAUAUUUUUAAAAAAAUUGCUGUUACAGUUAAACUAUUUUUAAAAUACGUUUUUAAUUGUUCCUCUGAAUUUUGCACCUUUUUUAUGCUUUUUGUUGUAUGCAGUGCAUACAAGAGCAUUUUUAGUGUAUAUUCGUAUUUAAUAUUACAUUAUUUUUUCAGCUUGCUUUUGUGUGUAUUUAUUUCCCUUUAUGAAAGGCUGUAUUAGGGGCAAGUUACUAAUUGCCUAUUCAGUGCAAAGUUGUGAUAGUUUCUAGUUGUGCUUGGGUUAGAGGUGUACCUUGUAAUUUAUGAA